AUGGUUGGAGAAAAAGAAGAAGAAGACGACGACGAAAGAAAAUCAACUACCACAUCAACUUCAACAACAACGUUACCAACAACAUCAACAUCAACAUCAACAACGUCAGAACCAAAAUUCAACAAAUGGAAACAAGAUGGCAUCACUGUGGCUGGUGGAAAUGGAGAAGGACAAGAAUUAAAUCAACUCAAUCUCCCUACUCAAAUCUUUAUUGAUAAAAACAAAAAUAUUUUCAUUGCUGAUCACGAUAAUCAUCGUAUUGUUGAAUGGAAAUAUAAUGCAAAAGAAGGACAAGUCAUUGCAGGUGGAAAUGGGCAAGGAAAUCAAAUGAAUCAAUUGAGUUGGCCAAUAAAUAUAAUUGUUGAUCAACAAAAUCAUUCGAUUAUCAUUGCUAAUUAUGCGAGCAAACGAGUGAUUCAAUGGAUGAAUCAAAAUCAACAAAUUCUCAUUGAAAAUAUUCGCUGUAUCGGCUUGGCAAUGGAUAAGCAUGGAUUUCUUUAUGUUUCUGAUGUUGAGAAGAGUGAAGUCAGACGAUGGAAAAUGGGAGAGUAUAACAACGAAGGAAUUGUAGUGGCAGGUGGAAAUGGAAGAGGAAAUCAACUCAAUCAAUUCAUUUGGCCUACUUAUAUCUUUGUUGAUAAAGAUCAAUCUGUUUAUGUAUCAGAUAGAGAUAAUUAUCGUGUGAUGAAAUGGAGAAAAGAUGCAAAAGAAGGAAGAAUUGUGGCUGAAGGAAAUGGUAUGGGAGGAAAUCUCAAUCAAUUGUUUUAUCCAGACGGAGUAAUUGUUGAUGAUUUGGGUCAAAUCUAUGUGGUAGAUCGUGGGAAUGCUCGAGUAAUGCGUUGGCGUGAAGGAAAAGAAGAAGGUGAAAUUGUUGUUGGUGGAAAUGGUCAAGGAAAUCAACCAAAUCAAUUAUAUCACCCCUGUGGUUUAUCUUUUGAUGAUGAAGGAAAUCUUUAUGUUGCUGAUGGUAGAAAUCAGCGAAUUCAAAAAUUUGAAUUAAUUUAG